AUGAAGCUGGAUUGUAAGGUUUUGUUGAUAAUUGUGCAUUUUUUGGUGGUAGGAACGUAUGGUAGUGAUCAGAAAAGUGGAGCGGCUAUGUUCCCGACGUUAGCUGUGAAGAAGACUAUUUCGAUGACGUAUGUGGUGCAGGCGAUGUUUGGUACUCCAGGUCAAGAAGAGUUUCUGAAGUUAGAUAUAAUUCAGCCAUAUACGUGGGUUAUUUCUGGAGAUAUUUACGAGCAAUGUAACAGAGUGAAUAGUGGGUGUACGCAUGGGAAUCUUUAUUAUUCGGGGGAGAGUACUAGUUUCAAGAAUCAGAGCGGUAGCCUGAAUGCUGCUUAUAACAUGAGUUUUAUAGAUUACACGGAAUUUUAUGGAUCUGCUGGUAUUGACAUUGCGAAUUUUACGAGUGUUGAAAGUUCUGGGACCGAGGGUGAUCCCACCAAUACCCAAGUUCAGUGGUUCGGUAAACAUACGUUGAGUAUUCCAGAGUUUUCGUUUUUUCGGGCCGAGCAUUCAAACAUUGUUGACGGGUCGUUAGGUCUCGGAGCAAGAAUUUUAUCUGGUACAGCGGAGGACAGUUCAGGCUUUGACAGUUCAUUUUUCUUUUUGGAUAUGCUGAAAAAUGCAAAUUUUAUUAAAUCCACUUCAUAUUCUAUAUGGCUGGGUAACGAUAAUUCGACACUCAACGCUUCUCGGCUGGCGUCCUCAGAUGUUGGCACUCUUCUUCUGGGCGCGGUUGAUCCAAAUUACUUUAUUGGUAACUUUUAUAGGUUUAAAAUGCUCCCAUUUCGUGACUCUAAGACGGAGACGACCUUUAACUCGCUUCCGAUAGUUCCUUUAACCAAGGUUGACAUCGUAAAUGCGAAGGGUACAGCAGUCAAUGUCACUCAGCCAGGUUUCAUGGAACCUGUACUACUGGAUCCAAGGUAUACAAUUUCUUAUCUGCCGAUUGAAUUGAUUCUACAGAUUGCGAUGCAAACAAAUGCUGUAUAUGUGAAAUCCUUAGACCUUUGGUUAGUUGACUGUGAUGUAGCCAAUUUUGAUGCUAAAAUAAGAUUUCAAUUUGGUGAUCUAAAAAUCGACGUACCAUUGUCCCACUUUGUAUCCAGUGGCUAUGUCGGUUCGCCAAUAGCGUCGACACAACUUGGUGCGAGCAACAUGACAUGUCAAUUAAAUGUGUACCCUAAUUAUUCUUCGGGCUUCAGUAUACUAGGUGGUACUUUUCUUAGAAGCGUUUAUCUGUCGGUAGAUUUAGAGGGCAACAGUGUGGCGAUGGCUCAAGCAUAUAAUGCAGUUAAAGAUGGUGAUAACGCUUCUUCACUUCCGUUGACCUUAGAAGAUAGUGAUUCCAACUCAAGCACAUCUUCCGUUAAAGCAAUACGUUCCGGUUACAUACCGUAUGCGACAGAUGUCAACUUGCCCACAUCGACAAUAACUAUGUUCAUAUCCAUUUCUGGCGACACAAAGAGCGUAGUAGAUCACCUCACUGCAACACAAACGGACCUUGUACUGAGCUCUAGAUCCUUUUACGAUACAACGACGGUCAGACCUACUGAUUCUCUCACCCAGGAUGUUUCCGCCGACAGAAGUUUUCCCUUAUCAAAACCCUCAAAUAAUGCUGGUGCAAUUCAGUACAAGAGACUAAAUUAUGAUCUUUUUAAAGUACAUCAUACGUCCUCCAUUGGCCUUUAUUUAACAAUAACAAGUGUACUAUUCUUGGUUGGUAUUUUACUGUGA